GUGGUGAGGGGAGGAGGCUGGAGGGGAAAAAGCAACAAAAUCUCUUACGUCACGAGCCUUUAUAAAGGUGAGAGGACAGUUCUUUCCAACGCCUGGCAUUUACCUAUUAUUUGUCCUCCAGAAGUUUGGAACCGGUCUGCUCCAUUGGCAGAAGGGUCUGCUUGCUGCUGACCUCAUCCGAGCAUCUCGGGAAUCACAAGAUUCGCAGUCAGCAUGAAGGUUCCAGUUCUCCUGAUUUUCCUGGGUAUCUGCUCCACAGCUCUGGGUCAAGGUUUCGGAGGAUUUGGAGACCCAUCAAUCUUGGGAACCGGCACAGGUCCAGUACAGGCCCCUUUUUCACUGCAGAACCCGCUUAGCAUGGUUAUGUUGUCCUCUGCUCUGGGAAUCGACUUCCACAAGCUUAUUGCCCCGGCCAUGUUGGCCCAAGGAGGCGGUGGCACGCAAGGCCACGGAGCGAUAAAGAUGAUGCUUCCAAUGAUGAUGAGCGGAUUUGACCCCAGCGCGGCCAUGAUGGUGCCUCUACUCAUGAAUGGCGGAGGGGGUCUCACCUCCAACCCCAUCGCCUCCAUGCUGUUAGGUCACGCGGUAGCGUAAGGCCUGCAAGAGGGAGAGGGUUUCGUUGUGAGGGUUUCAUCUUGCCAACAAAUUUUGGGACCUGAGACAAAGAGGGGGCGGGAGGGUCCAUUGUUGCUUAUAUAACUUCGGUCCACUUCAUGACAACAUUCACACCAAUCUCUUCGCAAAGUACAAGUAAGGGAUUAUUGUUUGAGAGAUGUUCCGAAAGCUUUCUCAGUUGCCUACAGUGAUCCCAAAACUAUUCUCUUUUCUACACUGAGUGAAAAGACGUCAUUGAAAGUGAUUGGUUAAUUUGCUCAAUCAAUUUACUAUCUUUCGAAGAUGUAGCUAUGGAGAAAGUCAGAUUAUAAUAGGUAAGACAAUACAUCUAAAAAAAAUUUUGCCCUUCGGGUGUAAGCAGAAAAAAGAUUUGACGACGGUACUCAGCCUACAUUAGAUCAUAAUUUAAAAUCGAAACAAAAUAUUAUUUAAAUGAAACACCUGCAAGCAAAAUGAAAUAAAGUUUGACAUGAUGGCUGGCUUUUCGUGACUGUUGUGAAUACAAUGCUCAUGUUUCUUAUUUCCUGAAAUAAAUCUUUUGCACAUA